CAGGCGCAGGUUGGCUGCUGUAUCUUCGAAGGUGUGGGCGUGGACCAGUAGAUCGCCUAAGUACACGCAGCAGCUUUCCGGGAUGCCCUCGAGAACCUGCUGCAUCGACUUCUCGAAGGUCAGGCGGGCAUAGCAGAGACCAAAGUGGACAACCCAGAACUGCUACAGGCCACACCCCAGGGUGAAGCCCAUCUUCUCCCAGGCCUUGGGAGUCAGUUCCACCUGCAAGCAGCUGCUACAGAGGUCCAGCAAUCUGAACCCCCUCUAGCUGUCUACGGUGUCGAAGAUUUCUUCAAUAUGUGGCAGGGGACAGGGGUUAAACUUGGUGAUCGCGUAGAGCCUACAGUAGUCCAACAGAAAAAAACCCCGACCGUGACAGACACUGGCUUUUGGACUUUCUGCUGACAACAGACUGGAUCAUAUGCGUACAAUCUUACAGUAAACCUAUGCUAUUCCAUUAUACACCUAAAAUUUGCUAUAUCAAAGGUGUUGACAUAGUUCACAAACCCUACAGACUAUUUACCAGGUAGCCUAAUAAAACUCUUACAUUCAUAUAAAUGCGUGUGCAGACUUGUCUGGAAUUGAAAAUCUCACGCCAGCCAGCUGACCAAAGCUGGCAACUCUGCUGUACAGCACUGGGUUUACCACCUAUUCAAUGAGCCACAAAUAAUACGUAACUGCUAAUAAACGGUAUAAAACUAUAUAUUUAACAUAUAUUAAUAAAGGGCGCAGUCAUCUUGAGUUCUGAGGCGGGGGUUGUGUAGAUUCCUCUGCCUUUUGAGUUUCCGAAUAGAAACUCCGAGUUACGAGUUAAAAUGGAACGCGGAAAAUUCCCGCUCAACCAAAAUUACUCAGAAGGCAGUGAAAACUAACGUACUUUAUUGUGAUGUGGUAUUGUACUGUAGGAUUUUACAUUAAUAUGCUGACAAAUCUUACAGGGUUUGCUUUGCAAAAAAUGAUACUUAUUCGCAUGACUUAUUGAUCAUUACGUUCUGCAUUGUAAUGAUAAUGUACUGAGCAGGAAUCGAAACUAAAAGAGCGUUUCCGCCGAGCUAAGGGGUGUGGUAAUCCGACACGGCUUUGAGUUCAUCCGCUGCGGCAUUCACAUCUAAUGGAUGCGUUUCUAGGCAAUGAUGUUUUUGAAGGAAAUGCUUAAUCCUAAAUAUCUUACCGACUUCACAUACCAUUUGUUUUCUUAAGGUACUAUGGAGAUUCUGGUACGAAGAAACGAGAGAAAAAAAGAAAACGAAUGCAAACUUUCGAUGUGACGGGAAAUCUCUCACUCUACCCUGCGACAGUCUGCGUGUCCCUGGUCUUCAGGCAAAAAAAAGUCCAUAAUGGCUGAGGAAAGUGAAAAACGACCAAUUGAAAGCUGGACAGAAUCCGAUGUGAGCACCUGGUUGAGGUCCAUAAAAAUUGAUGAGAAGUAUGUUCAGAAAUUCCAAGAGGAAGAAGUCAAUGGGGUGGUCCUCUUACAAGCAACUGAAAAAUAUCUGAAAAACAAGAUUGGAAUGAAAUCUGGACCUAUCCAUCUUCUGAUGACCAAAAGAGAUGAGCUCACCAAUUCUUCUCCAGCUGCUAAGCCUCAAGACGCCACUGCAGGGAAAAGUGAAAAUCAAUCAAACCAGCAAGAGCAGUGUGUUGUAAGUGGGAAUGGAAGCAAAGUAAUGUCAAAAACCAAAAAAAAAAAAGCUUCUCAGAGAGGGUUGUCUGCGAAAAGAGACUGCAAACCUCGGCCUUUUGGCAAAGAGGGGAUUAACUUCCCAUAUGCAAAGCACAACGUGUUAAAGCCUGAAUCGGGUGUUGUUGAUAUGAUUUCUCCUUGUCAUGAAUACAAGUCAUUUGAAAUUGCUGCUGACUUGGACAAUCAGAGGUUACAAGCCAAACUUGCCAAAGAAACGUUCAAAUUCGCCUGUGGAUGUAUGAACAUGCGAACAAAUGGCACAAUACACUUCGGUGUGAUGGACAGUGUGAGCGACUCUGGUUAUGUUCAUGGUGAGAUAAUAGGUAUUCCUAUUAAAGACAAAGAUGUGUAUGUUGAUGCAUUAGACUACAUGAAUAAGUGCUUUAAAUCUGACAGUGAGCUCGCAGCAGAGUGUAUUCGCCCACCGGAGUUUAUUGAAGUUUCAGACAUUGACAGCACAGAAAAAUAUUAUGUGGUAGAAAUUGACAUUGUACCAAAAAUAAGUAUUGUGUGCAACAAACUGUUUUCUGUCCAUCUGCCGAAUUUCAGGGAGGAUUCAAAUAAGGUGGAAUAUGAAAAGAAAACGAUGUACCGUAGAAAUGGUUCCAAAACAGAACCAAUCAGCAAUCAGGAAGAGUUUUACUCUAGUCUAAGACACCGAGAUGAGCUUAGAAAAGAAGCUGAAAAGGACCACAUUGUUCCAGAUGCGAGUGUUGACCUUGGAAGAAAACUGGCGAUGUUGAUCACUGAUGGAAAAGGGAAAAUCGAAAAGGAAAAGUGGCACAUUGUUGUUACAAACAGAUUUCAGGAAGAACAUUUGAAAUGCAUUGACUUUUUACUGGAUCUGAAAAUUUUAUGUGUGUUUGACUUUGACCCCAACUCUAAAGCAUCUGGAUUAUGCAAAAAAUACCUUGGGCACCAUGCAGCAAAUUUACAUUUCUUACAAAACUACAAAAUGCCAGAUCAAAUGAGCAUUAAAGACUUUGAAGGUGAAUUGCGUUUGUUUGAACAGGUCAGCUGGAUUUUUUGCAAUGGACGAAAUGAUUUCCGUGGAAAUGAGACUCCCUGUGAUGAAAUGACAUGGAUUAAAACUAGAAAGUCAUUUCUAAAGGAGGCAGUGUGUCUGAUCUGUAAACAAAUCCUACCAAAUGGCACUUUCUCUGUGAUUUUCUUUCUUACCUCCCCAGUGGAGCUACCGAUCGUUCACACUUUCCAUGAGUUCUUUGCUGAAAUGCAAGGACAUGAUGAUAUCAUUUGCAUUUCAGAGUCUGAGGAAAAUUACAGCAAAUGGGAAGGUUUUGCUCAGUCGUCUUGCACUGCUGAGACUGUGCAGUCUAAGAGUAUUUCAGGGAUGAAAAUGAGCCAUGUCGAUGCUACAAUUCAGCAGCUUCAACCCUCCAGAACAAGGGUCGCCAAGCACCUUUCUGUCUUCAGUAAAGGUGUUUGCCAACUUGAAAAGGUUGAAGAAGAAAGAAUGUCUUCUAUAGAAAUUCUGAGCAUUGACCAGUGUGAUGAUACCAAAACUGAUUCUGAGGAUGAAAUCAAAGACAUUGAAGAGAAUUUUUAUCGCGGGGGUAAAGUGAGUUGGAUGAAUUUUUGGUUGUCAGAGCAGAAACAUGUUGGGGAAUUCAUUCAGAGAGAUACAUAUAAAGAAAUUUCCAAACGUAUCAGUGACCUUCCCAAGUGGAAUAUGAAACAACCAGCUGUUUAUGAUCUUAGAAUAUACCACCAACCAGGUAGUGGUGGAAGCACUGUUGCACGGCAAGUGCUGUGGAAUAACAGGAAAAACUUCAGAUGUGCAGUGGCAAGACACUCAUUCUCUGCUUCAAAAGUGGCUGAGCACGCUGUGAGGCUGCGAGAGUAUGAGGAAGUCGACACACAGAAAUGUCUUCCCGUUCUUUUGCUGGUUGAAGAUUUUGACACAGAAUACCUCGAAGAUCUAAGGAGAGAGCUUGAAUUGGCCAUAAGAACUCGGAAGAUCAAACAAGGGAGACUGUGUUUUAUUUUACUAAGUUGCAGACAAUCACGUGAACCAGAAAAAAUGUGCAAAGAGUCGCCAUCACAGAAUUUUUCCGUGACUCAUAAACUAUCAGCAGAAGAGAAAAAAGAGUUUGCACGAAAAAAGACUGAAGUUGAAAAGCAUUAUUCAGUCGAUUACAUCAUAACCUUUGUGUUGAUGAGUGAGGAAUUUAACAAACAAUACAUCAUCAAAUUUGUGAAAGAUUUACUUGAUGACAUUAACCAUGCAGAUGUUGUCACUUGCCUCAUUCAUUAUGUGGCAUUACUCAAUACUUAUGUGCAAAACUCCUAUCUUUCUCAGUCUCACUGUGAAGCUCUACUACUACUAACCAUGCAGACAAAUAUGCAGACAAAUACAGAGCAAAAACACACAGAGAGAUUCCGAAGGCACUUGUUUGAAUCAUCAUUAAACGAGCAGGCCAAAGUUCUCUUCAUCCAUCUGAGAGAUGAGAAGACUCAUAUUCAAAGCAUACGCAUCCUUCAUCCCUUGAUUGCUGAAGAAGUUCUUCGCCAACUUUUGGUCAAAGACCAGCAGCAGAGUGACGUAGCCAUGAAACUACUGAAAGAAGAUGUGCUUUUUCAGAAUAAUUUUGGAAAAGAUUAUUACCACAGAUUCCUGCGUGAUCUCUGCAUGAGGCGCAACAAGAUCAGUAAAGGAGACAAAUCUGACACUUCAUUUUCUCCUCUCAUUGAACACAUUUUGAAGAAGGAAAACCUGGAAAAGGCCUUUGAGAUCCUGAACGCGGCCUACACACGGUUUAAUGAAGAUCCCUUCUUUGCUCAGCAGCUUGCACGGUUGUGUUACACAUAUGAGAAGUUUCAGGCAGCCGAAAAAUGGGCAAAUGUAUCCCAGCAAAAAAUGCCGUACAACUCCUAUAUCUUGGAUACAAAGGGCCAAGUGUUCAAAAGAUGGUUCAAUAACAAAUGCAAAAAUCUUAAAGGUGACUUGAGCCCAGAAUCCACAGCAGAUGCAAUUGCAACAGCGUUAAAGGCAAUUGAAUGCUUCAAAUUUUGCGAGGAAGCAGCCAAUUUGGAGCAGGACUCCUUGAAUGAUUCAGGCUACUUCUCAGAAAUUGAAGUAGAAUGUGAUCUUUUGAAUCUCAUUUUGAAAGUGUUUCCAUAUGGAGAAAAGGGCCACUAUGAAUGCAUGCAGUAUUUAGUGUCAGAUCACAUUCCGGAAGGAGUGAAAGAGCCAUGGAACUGUUUUCACAGUAAACUGAAAUUCAUUCACAAGGACAUGCAUGAUGCCCUCACAAGGAUUUCAGAAGAUCUGAGCUACUUUCAGACUGACAGUAGUUCAGAUGGUGAUGAAAAAUACAACUCUGACCUGAGAAUAAAGAAUCCAAUAAAAUGGCUUGCGACAAAAACUACCUGGUAUGGGAAAUUUUUCAGAGAUGUAGAGUUGCCCACUAAAGAUAAAAAUCAAUUAUCAACACGCAUGAAAAUUUGUUCUCUUGGAGGUGAUAAUAUUACCAGCAUCUUUUCUCUUUUGUCUGAAAAGAAACACGCACAACUAGAAUCCAUCAUUACCGUAUACGGUGGGCUGAAGAAACUUGAGCAAAUGGAACUGGCCAACUACAUAGCAUCUCAGAUAGCCUUAGGGUGUGUUUCAAGUGCAUCCACUUCUUCUAAACUCAAGGAGCUUCAAGCAUGCAGCCAUCAGUUCCCUCAGGACAGAGCCAGAUGUCACCCCAAUGCCCUGUUCUUACUCACAUUGCUUUUCUGGCCAGAGGAUGACGACACCAAUCAGGAGAGAGAUAACAAAUAUGAAAUCCUUAUGUCUGCUGUGGAUGUUUUGAAACGAAGCUUCAAAAUUAAACAGAAAAAUGUGCCUCACAAAGAGCUGAGAGUUUUCACGCAUUUCUACCUUGGCAAAGGAAGUGGCCUGAGUAAGAUUGUCCACAAAAGUAUGAUACAGGCCUUGAAAACAUUCACAGCUUCACAAAAAAGAAUUAAGUGGUUUGAUGGAUUUAUCUGGAAAACGCCAGAGAUUGUGCACAUGCUGAAACGUGUUCAAGGCUGGACGGAACAUGGAAAUGUCUAUAUCAAAGGCUGUAAAGGGAAGGAGAUCAAGAUGCUUGCCCUGAACUCUGAUUCAGUACCUGAUGGUAACGAGAAUGUUGAAUUUUACGUGGGAUUUACAUUUCAAGGACCUGUUGCUUGUGGCAUCACUGUCUGUGAUGACAAAGAGAAAUAGGGAACAAGGGAAAGGCUCAAUAGAUUUGGGUCCAUAGUCCAGUAAUAUUAAUGUUGUGUUUCAUCAUUGAAAUGUACCACCUACAAAUCAAGUAAGUUUGUAAUAGUUACUUAGUAUUGGUAUUAACAUUUCUAUAAAUAGCUGUAAAUAUGUAAAUACUGUUUUGCAUACACACAUACACUCCAGUUGGUCAACUGCUGUUCUUUUAAAUUUGAUCUAUAAAUAAAAUUGACAUAACGAGAAGAGAUAAUGUAUUAAACAUUGUUUUGGUCUUUGGUACUCUGACCCAUCAACGCCCGUCUGUUCCAGGAACAGCUCGACUAGCCUACACCAAUCUGUGUUCCCUAAAUGCUCUUAUUGUUCUACUUUGCUUGCUGAUUUUUAAUAGUCUUAUUAGGUUCUUGUUUUGUUUGGAAGAUAUAUGUAUAGAUCUUUCUCCAAUAUUAAUUACAUAUUACUACCAUAUUACUUGCAUUUGUAUUGGGCAUUCAUUGGAAGCUCAGCCUAGCUGCACUUAUGCCAAGUCAACUCCUUGACAGACAUAUCUUUGUAAUGUGCAAAUUGUCUAACUUGUGACUUUGUACAAAAGCGUUAAUAAAGUGAAUACACUCUGA